AUUUGGAAAACUUGAUUCAUAUGAAAGGACCCGUUGCUCCCUUAAUUUUUUUUUUUUAUUUUUAUCUUUUUCUUUUUUCUCAAUGUUGAAUAGUUUUUCGAACAAGCAACAAUAUCAGCCAUAUUCACCACCUUCACCGCCAUUUUCAUCCUUACUUAGUCCACAAAUGACGAAAGCAUCUUUACUAUCCAAUUCAUGGUGCCCACCUGAAGCAACAUCAUUUCUUAACCUUGAAAAAGUUGUUCAAACAUAUGCCUCACAACCAGAGUUAUUAGAAUUAAUCUUAUCAAGUAAAGUUGAAGAAGAUAGACGACGUGGAGAAGAAGCUAAACUGCGUCGAAAAGAAAUCGAUUACAUGUUACAACAAAAGAAGACAACCCCAGCUCUACCCUCCAUUUCACAUUAUGAGCGAAGAGUUUCUUGUAGUUCUGUUGAAUCUUCCUCACUACCUAGAUUACAGAUGCGUAAAAACUAUGACUGGAAACCUUAUCAGAGAAAGAGUAGUAUUGAAAUGUUGUUGAUUCCUUCACCCAAUUCAAUGGAUUUAAAACUACCGUCAUUAAACAAGAAGAAUAUGAAGAGUUCUCGGUCAUCUUCUUCUGCUGCUGCAGAUUCUGAUGAUGAUAAUGAUGAUGAUGAUGAAAUGGAUUUUGCUGCUGGUUCAGCUCCUCCUUCUCCUCCUCCUAGUAAUGGUGGUGAUUCAAUCCAUAAGACUGUACAUAAACGUCGUAGACGUGAAAUGCAAGCUAUUACAACUAUUAUUGAAACUCGGGAGUUUCCUUACUAUGAUGACUAUCUCUGGAAGAACAAUGGCAAUACUGUUCAUAAGAAGACUGGUUACAAGAGCAUCUAUUACAAGUGUUCAAAUAGCUCCAAAGGUUGUCCCGUCAAUAAGACAGUGACCUUUAAAGAAAAUGGUGAAUAUUUAAUCAAGUACAGAGGACAACAUUUAAAUGAAUGCAAUCGUAUCAAACGCAUUACAGACCUUUAACCCUUUUUAUAUAUAUAUAUAUGUCAUAUACCCUUAUCACAAAAAAAAAACAUCAAAAAACAAAAAAAAAUUUACCCCUUUUUUAUGUAUUUAAGCCAAACAAAAAAAAAAUAAUUACGUCUUUUCUCCAUGUAAAUAUUACUUAUUAAAAAACUUUAUCUUAAUUUCCUCACCUGAUGUAAUAAUUUUUUUUUUUUUUUUUUUUUUU